GUAGUAACUGAACUUCCAUGAUAGGUUUUGCGUUUACGUUGGAGGUCACUUUGCUUUAAAAAGCUCAUCAUUAGAGUGAUUCAGCAGUCAUGGGUGGGGAUCAUGGACACGGGCAUGGCAAGCUGUCAAUGCCAGACUACAAAGUGUGGAAAUGGGAAGGAACGCCACUGGAAGCGACCCAGCAGAGGCUGGCUCGAAGAGGACUCAGGGACCCCUGGGCUCGGAAUGAGGCGUGGAGAUACACGGGCAGCUUUGGCGUCCCAGUUACCUUCUCAAAUGUUCUCCUCCGUGGAUUUAAGACAGGAUUCGCAGCGUUUGUAGUGGCACUGGCAGUGGAGUAUGCUUUCUUCCCUCCAAAGAAGUCAGAGCACUAACACUGUGGUUGAAGCUCAGUAGAGCCAGUCGCUGUCGGACUCUGUGUUUGCUGCAGGUUUUAAACCUGUUGUUGUCUAUCCAUGAAGACAUUAGCCCACAAAAGGCUUCCUAAUACCUGUGCUCAUUCAUCGUUAUGAUUCCCAUGAACAGUCUGUAAAAUAAAUAUAAGUUAAUUGAA